AUGCACAAACCCAACAAGCUGUGGGUGCGUGUGUUACCACAUAAAUACUUGUCAAAUUCUUCUGUUUUGCAGGUCCAAGCAAAACCCCAGGACUCUCCAGUUUCGAAAGGGUUGUUAAAUGCCCGUGAUCGUCUACAUACCGGUUUUGUUUUUAGACUGAGUAUUGGUGAGACAUCUCUAUGGCAUGAUGAUUGGAGUGGCAUGGGGAAUAUUGCUCCCACUAUCCCUUACGUGGAUAUCCAUGAUGUUGAAAGAAAGCUGUGUGAUCUCGUGGUUAACAACGCUUGGAAUUUGCAGGUGCUGUACACCAGACUUCCCGUGAACGUGCUACACCGGCUGCAGAAAAUUAAGCCAUCAACUGUUCCAAACCGUCAUGAUGUGUGGACUUGGGAGACAAAUACUAUGGGGAUUUAUACUGUGCGGGAUGCUUAUAGAACUCAAUUCAAGUCAAUUCCCAUCGUUUUAGGUGCAAGAUGGCGGUCGUCCCCUUCUUGCCCGCAUUGUUCAGCGCAUGAGGAAGAUGUUUUACACUGCCUCAGAAACUGUCGUCACUCGCAAGAACUUUGGCUCAAGUUUGGAGCAUUCACGUGGCCAAACUUCACUGUUGGAGACCACUCUUCCUGGAUUCGUAGCCAAGCUAGAAGCAGCAAUGGAAUAAAAUUUAUUAUGGGACUUUGGGGUGUGUUGAAGUGGAGGCACAACAUGAUUUUUGAGGAUUCACCUUGGUCAUUGGAAGAGGCGUGGCGAUGGGUGUGUCAUGAGCAUGAUGAAAUUGUUGCCGUGUUGGGUGAGGGUGCGGGUUCCAUGGACUGUUGGUUAGGUAGCCGGUGGCAGCCCCCGUUGGCGGGGUCGAUAAAAUUGAAUGUUGAUGGGAGCUAUCAAGCUGUUGAUGAGUGCAGCGAAGCGGGUGGUUUAGCGCGGGAUUCUCAGGGCAACUGA